AUGAUGCUCUUCGACUUCCUCGCGAGAAGAGAUGCCACCAGGGAACACUUUAAAGCGAUUGCGACAAAUGGAAGUAUUACUGGUGCCCGCUCGAGCAAAUCGACGAAGAACGGGAGCACAGGUGAUACAGAUCCCAUCAUGUUAGGAGCUCCUGUACAAGCAUCGCCGCAACUGCUCCCGAAGUGUUCCGUGAUCAGAAAAACUCUUCCUCGUCUGACGCAUAAUAUGUAG